AGUCCACACUGCCCCUAAUCUCGAGAACACCACUGUUCUUUCUUCCCCACCCUCCCCAUCACCUCUCCGCCCAACCGCCGACGUGAAUCCCGGUGUGCGCGCGCGUGGGCGGACUGUUAGGUAGGAGAUCGAGGUCGCCCCCUUGCCCCACACGCUACUAAAGGCCGCCCCGACGGGCUCCGGCGCUUUGGACUGGCUCGGCUUGGCCACUACCGUCUACCGCCGCCCUCUCUGCGCUUGUGCGGUGGGUGGAGUGCGGCUGCUGGUGCGAGAAGGAUCGUCAAACCUAGCCGAAUUGAGGGGAAGCGGUGGGUGUGUCCGAUCAGGAAUCAUGAGUGAAACAGGGUACACAGUACAAGUCACUAACCUGUCGGGCAGGGUAUCUGAAAGUGAUCUUCAUGAGUUCUUUUCGUUCUCUGGUCCUAUUGAGCAUAUAGAACUUAUCAGAUCGGGAGAAUAUGGUGCUACUGCUUAUGUGACAUUCAAGGAACGCUAUGCUUUGGAAACUGCAGUAUUGCUCAGUGGGGCUACUAUUGUGGAUCAGCCGGUAUGCAUAACUUAUUGGGGACAACCUGAAGAGACUUUUAGUUUCUGGGACAGGCCAACUUGGGAGGUCGAGGAGGAAAUUGAAUACAGGAACUACCAAUCAUGCCAGUUCAAUACUACUCCACAGGAAGCUUUGACAGUGGCUCAAGAUGUCGUGAAGACGAUGCUAGCAAGGGGAUACGUGCUCAGCAAGGAUGCUUUGGCUAAGGCUAGAGCCUUCGAUGAGUCCCGUGGGUAUACAGCAGCAGCCGCAGCCAAGGCUGCAGAGCUGAGCAAGAGAUUUGGUUUAACUGACAGGGUCAAUGCUGGUGUUGGUGCACUCAGUGCUGGUGUUGGUGCAAUGCGAUCAGUGGACGAAACGUACGGCAUAUCAGAGACGACCAAGACUGUUGCGACUGCCACUGGAAGAACGGCAGCUAAGGUGGCGAACAGCAUCGUUACCAGCAGCUACUUCUCUGCAGGAGCCAUGAUGGUAUCUGACGCUCUUAAUAGGGCUGCCAAGGCGGCAGCAGAUUUGGCUGCUCAUGGUAGGCAGAGUUAAUUGAAAAAUAAACACCCAAUGCAUCCUUUCAGACAUGAAACAUGAGGACAAGCACCGAAAUACGAUGCUUCAAAUGUUGUUUGAUGUAUAUCAUAACAGACAACAGUGCUGUAAAAGGAGAUGAACACUUCGUUUAGAACAAACACUUGUGCUCAACAGUUUAUGUGUUGCAGAUUGAGUCAAGUGAUCGUGCAGUCAUGUUUCUGACUUUCUGCUCAUUUCA